AUAACAUAACGUGUAGCUUGGCGACACCCUGUAAUCGUGUCCACCCAGGAAUGACUCAGUGUGAACAGGGUACAAUGCAAACAGGAUGAUGUCAUGACGGCACAUUUUACUAAAGCCGUUCACAUCGACUUCCUCAUUGCCACUUCACCCUUUCAGAUAAGCUCGCUGUCUUUUUUUCUUUAAACCUUACUAAAGGCAAAGCUCUCGAAGCCUUUUACGUCUACAGCUGUUGUAAUUGAACAACAUUUCAAGAAGUCAUCGUUGUUUUUUAAAUUUACACAUUUAUUAUGGAGCCCAAUGAAGACAAGCAAACAGGAGAAACACAAUCAGAUCCUGAUGCAUCUAAACAAGACCAUGCAGACCUUGACAUCUGCAAGUAUUUCCUGAGGGGCAAGUGUCAUUUUGGAGAUAGAUGUCGCCUGUCUCAUAGUGCAUCUACAUCUGAAACUGGUCAUAAAUCAGAAGAAACAGAAGAGAAAGGAUGCAAGAAACGUAAAACCAGAAGAAAAUCAUCAGGCAAAUCAUACAAGGCCAAAGAAGAUGAAAACAACGGGCCUCAGAAGAGGCAGCGAAUGCGCACAGCAGACGAUGUCAUCUCCAGGAUACUGUGGGAUAACUCUGUGGACCCAGCAGACUUUAUAGUGGGCCACUUGGACCGCUUUCUGGGAGUUCUGGAACGCCCUUUCUCUGACUUCUCAUGGGACACUCAGGUGUGUGACUGUGACUAUUCAGAGGAAAUGGCUAUUCCUCGUCACAGGAUCCAGUACUUUAGCUAUAAAGGUCAGCGUUUAUGGGACAGAGACAGUCGAACUGACCAUGUGUUUGGCUCCACAGGGCAGCCAGUUAUGUCCCCAUUUGAUACGGGGGAUCAACCACAAGAAAUUGCUGCUCCAGAUACAGCAGAAGACGAGGAAGGAUUGACUGUCGAUAAAAACGAGCAGGGUUCCGUAAACCACAGCUUAAUGGAAGCUGCAGAUCAGGAAACUCUUGGUGGUGCUGAAGAAACAUUAGUCUGUACCCCAAAUAUACAAAUGGACAAAGGUUGUGAGGAGGCAGAUCUAGCUCAGCAGGCAGAGGGACUAUCCAUCUCACCCGGAAAAGAACAUAUCACAAAACAGGAUGAAUGGAUAGACAGCUGGGACAAGCAGGAAGGGAAGGAUGAAGAGGCAGAGCAUGUGCAGCCCAUACCUCAAGAGCCACGCCCAGGCCGCCAACGACGUAAACCCACUCAUUUCAUUUGCUUCCGUGUGGACUCACCUGCAGCCUUGCGGGCUUUCCAUCUUGUCCAGAGGAAAGUUAUGACCCACCUGCCUCAAUCAGAGCCGUGGUGGGUGAAACCAGAGUCACUGCACAUUACUCUUUCACUACUCGUUCUUCAAGGCCCCGCGGACGUCUUUGCUGCUAGCGAGCUCCUUCGUUCAUUGGUCAAAAACUUCUACAAACCACCCACCUCUGUCUUCUUCACUCCUAGACUGAGGCAUUUCAAUGGAAAAGUUCUCCAUGUAGCCCCUCAGCCACUUUCAGACAUCCAGACCCUGAACGCUCCCUUUCAGGAAGCGUUCAGGGAGAAAGGUUGGCUACAUCGUGACUCACGAAACCCCACCUAUCAUCUCACACUAGCUAAAGUGACAGACGUGGAAGAAGAAAGGAUAUUUGAAGAAGUGUGGAAGAUUAAACUGGCUAAAGAUUUGAACUUUGGGAAACUAACCGUGGGUAAUUUGUACCUGUGUGUCAACAGUGUUCCACGCACCGCAGAUGGCUUUUAUGAGACAGUGUGUUCUGUGCCAUGGCCCACUGUAUAACAGCAACAAGCAUGUCAUUUUUUACAUAUCAAGCAACAAACAAAAAAUCUGGAUCGGAGUCUGGAUCAUAAUAUCUAUGUUUACACAAUGUCUAAUGUCCAUAUUUUAAUAAUGUGUAUUCUUUAAUUAAUAAUAAGAUAAUUUAAAGAAAUUUGUAAUUGACCAUUUUUAAAUACAUCCUUGAUAAUUCUUGCCAUUUUUAAAAAUGUGAGGCCAGCAUGUGAGCAUAUGUUAAAAAUGAUUAUUUAGGAGGGUUUAGGAGUUUGGAGACCUCUCUGAUAGUAAUACAAAUCUACAUGUAACUCUGAGAAGAAGGAUUGUAAUGGCAAUUACCUAUUUAUUGUGCAGGUUUAUCUGAUAUAGACAACCAUAGGUUACUCAGCUCAUCACAGUUAAUACAGCAGUUAGUUCAACUGAUCUUUUAUCACAGUCAUUCGAUUUUUUAAUCACAUUUAUGUGACAGAAGCAAUAUGUACAAGUUAGGCCUGUCAGAUUUAUUAUAGCAAUUAUAUAAAAUGAUUUGUUUCACAUGUUUAUGACAUAAGAGACAAUAUGAACUAGGUGUGUUUUCAUAAGUUGGCCAAUAAAUCACAUCAUGAAACAGCUGAUCUGUCUACAUUUCUCCAUUGUUAUUUUCUUGAAAGCAUUAAGUGUCACAUGAUUAAAAUAAUCUGCUUAACAUUGUGCAACCAAAACAGCUCUGACUUGCCAACGUAUGGACUCCACAAGACCUCCAAAGGUGUGCUGUUGCUGGCAUCAUGACUUUAGCAAAGGAUCCUUACCUUUUAUCCCAGACUAUCAUGAGCACAGACUCAAAGUGUUGUUUUUUGUUUGUUUGUUUGUUUGUUUGUUUUUCUGAUCUUCAGCUGUAUAGUUUGCCUGAAUCUGUGCACAUGAUAGCCUCAGAUUCUUGGUUGAUAAGAGUGGAAACCCAUGUGAUAUUCUGCUAUUGUAUUGCAUCCACCUGAAUGUUUGAUGCCUUUUGUGUUCUCAGGUGCUUUACUACUCACCACAGUAAUAAAAUGUAAUUAUUUGAGAUGGCA